AUUAUGAGUGCUGCCGCAGAUUCGGACCGUCAUUUUGCAAGAAACUGCCGGCCGACACCCAACCCACGACACCCGACAGAAGCUCGGAAAGGAUGAACGAGAUCGAGGAGAUGGAUGAUCGUGACGCACUAGCAAGGCAUCAGCUUCAGCAUCGAGCAGACUUUGUCGCAAAGUGCUUUGGACGUCUCGCCGAAUGCGACUUCGACCCGGGAUCCACUGAAGCCCCUGAUCUCUCCAUCGGCCGACUGCGUCCAAAGAAAUAUCUCUUGACUGAGCUACACUCCAGCUUGCUACCUGCACUACGACAGCACGUCAUCGGCCUUUGGCAAGCUCUGUCCUACCCACAACGGAUGCCGAGAAACGCCGCGCACAUCCUGCACUACGUGAUAGGGAGCCAACCGGAACUCGAGAUGAUUGUGGAUCGGAUAAUUUGGGUCAUCAAUGAUCUCAUUCCCGGACGAAUACAAAAAUCAAACCAAACAAACGACCAGCACUUCAAAGAGUUCAAACAAUAUAGACUUCACGGCUUAGACACCUCCGCUAGGAGCGAAAUGCAAAAUGAGCUAGCUUCCUUUUUUACGCAAUGCCGUGGGGCCUCCGAACAACUCAUGCUCCCAGCCGGCUACCAGAUUUACGUACAACCUUCAUCUACUAACGACCUCCUUCGGUCAAUCGAUUCCGUCAUCAGAUGGUCCAAGGGUCCCGAAUUACAUUUCAUUUAUGAUCAUUGGAAACUCGCAAUGAAAUCGAUGGAAAAAACGUUGGACGACCUGUUACUUGCGAUGGCACCAGAACACGCACUAUACAGCGAACCAUUCACCGAGCUUGCUCAAACAUUCAUACCAGUCAUCAAACUAUCCAAGUUGUUCUUUAGAAAGAUGACGACCGAUGGAAUGAGCCAAAAGAAUUUACCAUUCUAUACCGAAAUGUCUUCCGACCAACUCAGCUCGUUGAAACGAUCAGCUGACGUAAUCACAGAUAGUGUCAGCCAUUUAUUUUUUUGCUUACCAAGAUCUGACGAGAGGCACGCAAUCUCUAGUGCUACAAUUUUCACCGGUGAAAUCAAGAAGAUCUUGACUCGAUUUCAAUCUUGCUUGUUGCUAGUAGACCUUUAUAUUAUACCUAGAUGCACAGAUAUCAAUGUUUGUUCAUCUCCAACUUCCCUCAAAACAUGGAUUGUCACCUGGAACACUUUACUUUACCAAGCUUCUCACAAUUCUAUCCAAGCUUGUGAAUCAAUUGUAAUAAAUUAAGCAGUAAAUGUUCUUAUUUAGAGUUUCAGGUUUAGAACAUUAAAUAUUUGAGUUUUUAAUGCUUUCCCUUUUUCACUUCCUCAGGAUGAAUCCUGCUAGGUGCAAUAACUUCA